CUGCUUCCUCUCUGCUCGCUAGUCUUGAUAUCUCAAAUUUUCUGAAGAAAGCUUACCGGACAGAAACUACAUAUCGCAUUCAAUGCUACGGUCUGGAUACUCUCGUCCCCUAAGGAUUCUUUGCCGACAAGUCGAAGCUGUUGCUGCUUUCUCGUCGACUGCUAUCCCGUUUUCGCACCAACCUAAUGCACCGCUGGAUCUAGACCCUUCUUUCAGAGAGCUGCUCAAAGAUGUCGAAAUGUCUCUCUUGCGGCAGGCAUCGCGGCAUGCCACAGCGCCUAAUCCGCAUGCGCGAGCGCAUCGCGAGCUGGAGAUAUACCCUCGGGAUCCAGCAGAGCUCGAUGUGCACUUUGGAGAAGAUGACUUAGAGGCAACGGAAGACGAUGUCUCUUCGGGCAAGGAAGGAAGAAAGUCUCCGGCAGCGUUCUUUGGCAGCCAGCGAAUCGGUCAAGUUGUGCUACCACUCGAGCUGCAGAACACUGUGUCCCGGCUCAUCGCCGAAUCGGACAAAAAUGCGCUUCAUAAUGAUGCUAAGCGUCUCUUCACGCAUGAAUCAGACAAGGAUGCUGAGUGGAAGGCUUCGUACGAUGUGCAAUACAAAUCAUGGAAACAAUCCUCUCGUCAUGCGGAACGUGAUGGGACUGCCUUUGCUUCUGUAGCGUUACCAUCCCACUACGCCGCCAUCGUUGCAGUACUCGAUCAUGUCAAGCGUCGGCUAGAACCUGACUGGACCAUUGAGCGGGUCAUCGACUGGGGCUCGGGCACAGGUACAGGAUUAUGGGCUUCAUCGUAUUCGUUCCCGAAACAAGCAUACCAAGAUAACUACGCCGAUGCUGAUGAUGCGCAGCUUUCUCGAUCCACGGUCUCUACGUACCUCGGUAUUGACAGGCGUGAGGGCCUCGUGAACAUUGGGCGGAGAUUGGUUGAAGAUGUGGAACUCGGCGACAUGAACAUCUCAUGGCGUAAAUCCUUCCAAGACUCGGACAGAAUCGACCCAUCCCAAGGGGGCGCUACGCUAGCUCUGUCCGCGUUCAUGCUCUCGUCGCUAUCCCACGACCACGCAAGAAAGAAUCUACUGAGAGAGAUCUGGGAGAGUGGCGCCGGUGUCAUAGUUUUGAUUGACCACAGCUCGAGGGAAGGAUUCGAGAACAUAGCCGAGGCGCGGGAGUACCUCCUACAUUUGGGCAGGAAGGAAUUGCAAGUUCCAGCUCCGGGCAAUGGAGACAUUAGGGGCUCCCAUGUCGUUGCUCCAUGUCCCCAUGACGGAGCAUGCCCCUUAUACCACCCGGGAGCUAGCAAGCUUGUCUGCGGCUUUUCCCAACGGCUCCAGCGCCCAGCCUUCGUGCGAAAGACGAAACACUCCGGUGUCGGACACGAAGAUACGGGCUACUCAUACAUCGUUAUCCGCAGGGGUAUCAGGCCCACACAGGUCAGCACCAAGGUCGGCCGUAUCGGUGAUGUUGGUAAGCGUGAGCAAGACAAGAUGUUCCUACGCGAAACGCCCAUUUCGGAAUUACAACCCGUUGAGGGUGGUAUGUCCGAGGGCGUAUCCCCCUCCGUUGAGCCCGCGGGCGCGCCUAUAGACACGCACGAGGUCGAAGCCGCCCUGAGGCUGGAGGCUUAUUCAUGGCCACGGUUGGUCUUCCCGCCCCUGAAACGGAGCGGUCAUGUCAUCCUGGAUGGAUGUACUACCGAAGGCAAGAUCAUGCGUAUGACCAUCCCUAAGUCGCAGGGCAAGCAGCCGUAUUAUGAUGCGCGCAAAUCGGGCUGGGGGGAUAUCUUCCCACACGAGCCUAAGAACAAGCCUCAGGUACGAUCUCUACCAACUACCAAGCGCGAAGGGAGUGCGCCCAUAAAGGGCGAUGAUAUUGGCAAACGGCGGGGAGCCUCUCCACAAGCGGCAAGUUACCACAAAUUGUCCAAGGAAAUUGAGGAGCAGAAACGGAGAAAGCGGAGGCGAGCGUGGCUGCUGCACCGGCGGCACCUCCGGCGGACGCGACAGGCGGAGCUCGAGCGCAAGUUCCAGUGCAUGCAGACCGCGAUGGAGACCCUGCGCCAGGUAGAUCCGAAGCUGUACCUUGAGGCAAACAAGGAGGAGGAUCCCCGUGCGCGGAGCAAGGCCCAGGCGGAGCUCGCAAAAACUCUGAGGGUGCCCGAGAGGAAGGCUUUGGAGUCGAGAGUGCGCGGAUUGUUCCCGCGAGAGCUGCGUAUUCCAACCGAUACGCCAUCCAGGGAUGGCUGGAACUACGACUGGACACCGGUCGUUCCCCGUGUAUAGAUGCUUGCUUUUGGUGACACGAUACCGUGCCUGCAAUAUUUGAAUCCCAUUGCUGCUAUGCUACCUUAGCAGCCAGUCUCUACAUAUUGCAGACCCCCCUAAUACAGUGUUGCUACACGAGGACAAUGCCAGAUCCGCCAUCAACAUUC